CUCACGGAAGUGCAGUGAUGGCCACUCUAGACGAGUAGGACGAUAAUGUUUGUGUAGCGAAGGAAUCAAAUAACUAGACACCAACGUUCAUAAUUAACUUAACAACAUCACUGAUUGAUUUUUAAAACGUUUGCUUACAACAUAUUCUCUCUGUAAGGCCUGGAAAAAGCUCGCUAGCUACACCGGGGACGCAGGACAAAAUGUCCCUCUUCCAGUCGGCACUUGAUUUCCUGGCAGGGCCCGGUGGCACUGGAGGCGCAAAUCGAGACCAAAAUGAUUUUGUUGGGCAAAUUGUGGAGCUUGGUGACAUGAAACUGAGAAUCAAAAGGGUUAUAGCUGAAGGUGGUUUUGCAUUUGUGUAUGAAGCCCAGGACACAAGCAGCAGUAAAGAAUAUGCUCUCAAGAGGCUCCUGUCCCAGGAGGAAGAGAAGAACAAAGAAGUCAUCCAGGAGGUCUGCUUCAUGAAAAAGCUCUCUGGUCACCCCAACGUGGUGCAGUUCAGCUCCGCAGCGUCCAUCGCCAAGGAGGAGUCGGACACGGGCCAGGCUGAGUUCCUCAUUCUCACAGAGCUCUGUAAAGGUCAACUGGUGGACUUCAUCAAGCGGGUGGAGCAGAAGGGACCCAUGUCAUGUGACACGGUGCUGAAGAUCUUCUACCAGUCGUGUCGUGCAGUGCAGCACAUGCACAAACAGAAGCCUCCCAUCAUCCACCGGGAUCUUAAGAUUGAGAACUUGUUGAUCAGUCACCAGGGCACCGUCAAGCUGUGUGACUUUGGGAGUUCCACCACGAUAGCACACUAUCCUGACUACAGCUGGUCUGCCCAGAAGAGGUCCAUGGUGGAGGACGAGAUCACCAGAAACACCACUCCUGCCUACAGGACACCUGAGAUGAUUGACCUGUAUUCCAACUUCCCCAUUAACGAGAAGCAAGACAUCUGGGCAUUGGGUUGUAUCCUCUACCUGUUGUGCUUCAAGCAGCACCCCUUCGAGGAGGGCGCCAAGCUGCAGAUAGUCAAUGGGAAGUACGCCAUCCCCCAGAAUGAUGUCAAGUACACUGUCUACCACGAGCUCAUCAGAUCCAUGCUGAAGAUCAACCCAGAGGAGAGGCUGUCCAUCACAGAGCUGGUCAACCAACUGCAGGAGAUUGCUGCGGCGCGCAACGUCAACCCCAAGUCUCCCAUCACAGAGCUGCUGGAGCAGAACGGAGGCUUUGGCAACAACGGCGCACAGCCCCCAGCCCAGAUCCACAACAUCCACAAUGCAGGGGUGUACGGUGUGGACCCGGACCAGGGCGGGGGCUUCCUCGACAUCCUGAAGGGAGGAACAGAACGCUUUCUGACCAACAUCAAAGACACCUCCUCUAAAGUCAUCCAGUCUGUGGCCAGCCCCAGUUAUACCAAGGGAGACCUGGACAUUUCCUACAUCACCUCUAGAAUAGCAGUCAUGUCCUUCCCGGCGGAGGGAGUGGAGUCUGCCAUUAAGAACAACAUCGAGGAUGUGCGUCUCUUCCUGGAUGGCCGUCAUGCAGGACACUACGCUGUCUACAACCUGACCAAGCGCUCCUACAGACCCUCCCGCUUCCACAACAGGGUGUCGGAGUGUGGCUGGCAGGCCCGGCGGGCCCCCAGCCUCAGGAGCCUCUACAGUCUCUGCAAGAACAUGCACCUGUGGCUGAAACAGGACCAGAGGAACAUCGCCAUAGUCCACUGCCUGGACGGGCGGGCGGCGUCGGCCGUGGCGGUGUGCUCCUUCCUGUGUUUCUGCCGCCUCUUCACCACGGCCGAGGCGGCCGUAUACAUGUUCAGUAUGAAGCGCUGUCCCCCGGGGAUCUCCCCCUCCCACAAGAGGUACAUGGAGUACAUGUGUGACAUGAUGGCUGACGAGCCAAUCACCCCGCACAGCAGACCCAUCCUCAUCCGCUCCAUCAGCAUGACGCCCGUGCCCCUCUUCAACAAGCAGAGGAGUGGCUGCCGGCCCUUCUGCGAGGUGUACGUGGGAGAUGAGCGCGUGGCCACCACCUCCGGGGAGUACGACAAGAUGAAGGACUUUAAGCUGGAGGACGGACGGGCUGAGAUCCCCUUGAACGUGAUGGUGCAGGGGGAUGUGCUAGUGGUCAUCUACCAUGCCCGCUCAACCCUGGGGGGCCGCCUGCAGGCCAAGAUGGCCUCCAUGAAGAUGUUCCAGAUCCAGUUUCACACAGGGUUCGUGCCCCAAAACGCCACUGCGGUCAAGUUUGCAAAGUAUGACCUGGAUGCCACCGACAUCCAGGAGAAAUACCCGGACCUCUUCCAGGUCAACCUGGCUAUCGAGGUGGAGCCCUGCGACAGGCCCAGCAACAAGACUCUGCCCUGGGACAACAUUGCCACCAAGGGCCUCAACCCCAAGAUCCUUUUCUCCAGCCGGGACGAGCAGCAGGAGAUCCUCACCAAGUUCGGCAAACCAGAGCUUCCCCGGCAACCGGGCUCUUUCUCCGGAUCUCUCUACGACACAGCGUCGCCUCAGUUGGAACAGACUCCCGAUAGCUCCACCAUGGAAGUAGAAUCUCACCAGAGCACCGAUACCAAUGCCAACAACUUCUUCCAGACUCUGGAAUGGGAUGAUGGGAGUGGACAUGGAGCGGAUGCCUCGGACAGCCUGGGAGGCACCAUGGACGACCAGGACGAGCUCAGUGACGCCUCUGUGGACGAGGAGUCCUACUCCGGCCCGGCCGCCGAGCCCCUCUCCAGGGAGCCUAGCGAGUCCCUGUUCAACGCUGAGUUCCAGGCGGCCGCCACACCCAAGGAGUCCCCGGGGCCCAGCGACACGGCUGACCUGCUGGGCCUCACCUCCGACCUCGGCUCCGCCGCCCCCCCACAACCCUCCGGGGCCACGGCAGCAGGCGGCAUGAAGGCCUCGUCUAGCAACAGUGACCUUCUCAACGACCUGUUUGCCCCCGCGCCCAGCGGCAAGGCUCGGCAGGGCAGUUCCAACAACCUGAUUGGAGACGGAAGUGCCCAGGAGGACCUAUUUUUCAGUAACCCCACUGCACCGCCUGACUCGGCCACCCCCAAACCAAUGAAUGACCUGUUUGACCCGUUCGGGAUGGGAUCUUCGUCCAGUCAGUCCGGACCCGACCUGUUUGGGGACCUGCUGAGCUCCGACACCAACACUAACCCCCCGCCAACCUCCAACUCCAGCCUCUUCAACCUCAAUAAGAUGACCAACAAUCCCCCUAAGAUGACGUCGUCCGCCAGCCAACCGGACCUGCUUGGAGGGUGGGACAGCUGGGCAUCGAGUGGUAGCAUGGCCGCCGCCUCCUCCUCCAAUAAGCCAGCCUUCCCAGCUCCCGGAGUGUCUUCCUUCUCCAAAGCAAAGUCUCAGAGCUUCGACCCGUUUGCAGACUUGGGAAAACUGGGCCCUACGCUGCCAGGUUCCUCAAGUGGCAGUUUCUCAGGCCCAGGCUUCAACCCUAAGAGUGGGGCCUCCACCAAGAGUGCUGGGCAGCCGUGGCAGCAGUCUGGCCGGCCCGCCGCUGGCCAAAGCAAGCCUUGGAUGGCCCCCAGCGCUGCUGCCCCCCAGCCAGCCAAGCCUGCCCCCCAGCCAGCCAAACCCAACUACAACCUUAACUUCAGUGUGAUCGGGGGCCGAGAGGAGAGGGGCGUCAGGGGCCCAGGAUUUGGCCCAAAACCCAAAGUCAAAGAGGACGAUUUUGAAGACCUGCUCUCCACUCAAGGUUUUGCCUCCAAGCUAUCCGACAAGAAGGGACCCAGGACCAUCGCAGAGAUGAGGAAACAGGAGCUCUCAAAGAACAUGGACCCCCUCAAACUGCAGAUCCUGGAUUGGAUUGAGGGGAAGGAGCGGAACAUCCGCGCCCUCCUCUCCACGCUUCAUACAGUCCUGUGGGAGGGCGAGACGCGCUGGAAGCCCGUAAACAUAGCAGACCUAGUCACCCCAGACCAGGUUAAGAGGUACUACAGGAAAGCUGCGCUGGUGGUGCACCCCGAUAAGGCCGCUGGAAAGCCUUAUGAAGAUUACGCUACACUGAUCUUUAUGGAGCUCAAUGACGCCUGGUCAGAGUUUGAGAACCACGGCAGCAAAGCCCUCUUCUAAGACUUACUGAUUCGGGCCCAUAUUGGGUCCUUGAGGGCUGCCCCCAUCUUAGAGAGGUCUGCCAACCCUCCUGCCGUUGAGAAAAAGGCACCCUCCUUUAUUUCUCAUCUGCAGUUCAACAUCAUUGCCCGUCAAAAGACACUGCCACCGCACGCAAAGGGUGGCAUGGGAUGGGAGACCAGGGGUUCAAAAGCUUGGAAGAUCGAGGGGUGGCGAUGACAACAGAGACAAUCACUGAGAAGACCAGAUGGUCACCAACCAGGCUCCAGCCAUUCUGAAAUGUGGGGACUGUAUGUCCACUCGACCCCAUAGACUUUGUUGCUGUGGACACUGCUCUAUUCCUUUACACUCCGUGGAUAGACCUUUCUGCAUAAUCCUCUCUUUCCGAGAGACCAAGAGUUCAUGCUGUUGUUGCUUCUUGACAGAACCAUUCCCCCACUAACAGACUCCUCCCUCCUCCACAAGCCCUCUACCGUAAGCGCCUUGCUCUGCGGAUGGCAAAAAAAAAAACGCUUGCUCAUCACUGCACCCCCCGGCAACAUAGGAGACAAAUAGAGAAUAUAGGGAUUUCAUCUGGUUGCUUUUUGCCAUGUGGAAUUGUGCAAUAUGUCUGGUCUUUUUUGUGUUCUCUGUCAAUGAUAGUCCUCACUUCAGUGUAAAUAUUUUCUCAAUGAUGUGGUUCUUUGGGUAGAUACUGAGAUGCCGAUUUCAACAGAGGUCUGUGUGUUUGUGUUGUAUAAGGACCUAACCACCUUGCUCUCUGUACCAGUAGAUCAUCAUGACUUUCUUUUCCAAUGAUCUUGUGUUUAUAAUUCUACUUAUUACACAAAAGGUUUACAGGGAGUUUUCAUUGCAACCCUCCAUUUUGUGUUCCAUAUCUGUUGUUUUUGUCUUUACUUUAAAAUGGCCUCCUGAUAGCCUCCUGAAGCUUUUUGUGUAAUGUUUUCAGAUAUAUAUAUAUAUUUGGUUUUCAUUUUUACCUCAUGGACCAACUUAAAACAACUAUUUUCUUAUUGUUGUGGGGUAUCAUAAGUAUCCAUGACAUUUAAUUGCAGAACUUAAUAAAUAAAAAAUAAUAUAUGAAUUGAAUGUCUUGAAUGUGACGGAGGGAAGGGGCGUUAUAGGUGGUCUCAUGAGACAGUUGUUUUGCCGAGCUGAAAUCAUUCCGAAGCGUCUUAACAUGAAUGUGCUUUUAUAUGAAGAAAAAAAAAAUGUAUGCACUCACUAACUGUAAGUCGCUCUGGAUAAGAGCGUCUGCUAAAUGACUAAAAUGUCAAUGUAAAUAUGGUCUUUGUUGGUUUGGAUAUAUGUAGCUUCUGUUUUAGUCUUGCUUCCCUCUGUGUAACUUUGCUUUUAUUUUUGACAGCGGGGUCCUCUUUUUUUUUUUUUUUUUUUUUUUUAAACAUUUUAGUCAUUUAGCUCUCAUCCAGAACAAUUUACAUGAGCAAUUAGGGUUAAGUGCGUUGCUCAAGGGCACAUCGACAGUUUUUUCACUUAUUAGGCUCUGGGAUUCAAAACAGCAACCUUCUAGUUACUGCCCCAACGCUCUUAACUGCUGGGCUACCUGCCACCCAGCCCAUGACCGGGAUCAUUGCUUCUGUUCAUUCCCCACCUAUUGAAACCUUAUUUUGCCAUUCCAGUAACACUAUGGCUGUGUUUUACACGGCCAAUUCAAUUCAGAUCUUUUGUCCAAUUAUUUGCAAAAGAGCUGAUCUGAUUGGUCAAAAGACCAAUUAGUGGAAAAAUAUCAGAAUUGGGCUGCCUGUGGAAAUGCAGCCUAUAAGGGGAUACUUUAUUGCAAGGCUGCCAUUUUGACAGUAUCAUGUUAGUACACUGUAAGGAGAGAAACAGUCUACUCAACCAAAUUAAAAUAUGAAUGUAGAGUUCAGUACAGAAAUAAAGGUUUUGAUCAGAGGCAUGAAAAUACUAAAGUGGAUGGUAUUGAUACUGUCUGUAGUGUCUCAAUGUGUCAUGAUGAGGAGACGGAUGAUAAAGGGUUAAUGUUAUGCGAAGAGCUGGCCAUUGAAAUUGACUGAGUUUUCAAAGAUCAAGGUAUUUUACAAAGUGACAAUAUUAUGAUGGGGUUUCUGAACAUUGCGGUGAAAGAAAUGUGAUUUUGAUAGAUUACCAUGGUGUAUUCUUGAGACAAGUUGUGAAAAUAAUUAUUACAAAAUCAAUGGCCAUUUUACUAAUGGUUAUAAAGCCUUAAAUGGUUUUGCUUAUAUCAUGUUUGUCCUUUAAUUCAGGCUAAGAGGGAUAUUGAUCAUAUAUUAAGAUAGAUGAGGCACAGCAAAGUGCUGUGAGCCUUUUAUAGAAAAAGAAAUCAUCUGAUAAUCCCCAUUUGUUGCUAACCAUUGAGCUUCUCUACUAUUAUUAAAGUCACAUAUUGGUUUUACAGAAUUAUUUAAAUGUCAAUUUGAUAUUGAAUAUACUGUAAAAAUCUCCAUAUUACUGUUAUUUUUUUCUCCCGUUUUUCUGAUUACAAGCAUCAGCUGCUGAAUGCAACUGACCAGUGUGAUAGAUUAACCAUCAAAAGUCCCAAUUUGUUAACAUAUCCAGGUAAUAAAGAAACAAUAACCCCCAUGUUAGGCCGUACAUUUAAUUCCACAUUGACUCUGGACUACCUUCAUUAUAAAACGGAGGUUCCUUCCUGCUGACAAAGCUCUCUGUUUCCAAUAGCUGUUUCUGGAAUAACAUUUAUGACCAUUAAAACACAAUCAUGAAAAGG